UGUUGGAGUUGAACGGUAAUUCACAGUCAACGGAGGUUUUAAGCAGGGUUUAAGCAGCCAUGGUAAAGUCUACUGUUUCUCCUUCCUUCUCCGCCAAACUACGCAAACCCUCGCAACCCACCGCUAUGUCCUCUCCCGAUCCACAAUCCUCCGAUUCUCCAUCCACAAUCGGCUCGGAAACCCUCGGGAGCGACAAUCCCGGCGAAGCUUUGCGUCAUCCGGAGAGAAAUGGAGAAGACGGCGUAGAGGAAGGAGAUGAAGAAGAAGAAGAGGAAGGGGAGUGCGGGUUCUGCUUGUUCAUGAAAGGCGGUGGGUGCAGAGACGAGUUCGUCGCGUGGGAGGUGUGCGUCCAGGACGCGGAGAAGAACGAGGAGGACGUCGUGGACAAGUGCUUCGACGCGACGGCGGCCCUGAGGAAGUGCAUGGAGGCUCACUCCGAUUACUACGAGCCCAUCCUGCGCGCCGAGAAGGCUGUGGAGGAAGAGGUGGCGCAGGAAUUGGAGGAGGAGGUGAAGAAAUUGGGGGAGAAUUCUGUUGCCGGAUCGGAUGAUUCUGCGGAGGGCAUUGGGCGUUCUGACGAUUCGAGGAAGCGAGAUGGGUUGGGAGAGAGAUGACGCUGCAGGGGAGACCCCUCAAACGUAGAAAGAAAGGGAGCUUUUGGCCAUGUUUGUACUGCAUUUUUUUCCCCUUCAAUGGUUAGCCAUGAUUGUGGAACUGAAGGUCAUUUUUGAUAUUGAGGUUAUUCCUGUUUGUUUAGGAGAAUUUGAUGGGGAGAGUAGGAAGAGAUGAAAAUCAAAGACAAUUGUUCAUGUCUCAUGGGCUCAUAGAAUGAAAUAAAUCCAUGCGUAAGUUCAAGUUUGAGCUGCCAA